GGACCUAAACUCACCCCCACUAAAACGCAGAACCACAAAAUUCAUGAUUCAAAAUAACAAAAAACAUUAAUUAAAUGCGCCUGAAACCUGAAAAGGGUGCGCUACAAUUUUAUGGGUGGCAACUGAAAAAUGACAAAUCUCAAACACGACAAUUCAUGCGCACUGACAAAAGAACAUGGAAAAAUAAAUAAGUGCGGUUCGUGUGCGUUUUCCCCGAAAGAUUUUCUUCCAAAAAACACACCCGCAGGACGCAAGCAAACUGUUUUGGUGCCAAAUAAUUUUUAGCGCUAGAAACCGGUGCCCGUAGAGUGACCAACUUGCCGCAUUGUUUAUCGGCCACAACUUGGUGACGUUUACUGUCAGGCUACGUGUAUUUUUUAAGUAAAAACCGAUGUGCAUGCCGAACAACUUGAGUUUAUGUCGAAAUUAAAGCCAAAAUGAACACAGUUUCCGUUUAUUUUUGUCUUUGCUCCAUUGUCCUCACCGUCCGUGCAUUUUAUUUGCCGGGUCUUGCGCCAGUUAACUACUGCAAGGACGAAGAAAGCAAGUGCAAGAAAACUGUUGAGCUCUUUGUCAACCGAUUAAACAGCGAAGAAUCAGUCAUUCCAUACGAAUACAAUCACUUUGACUUCUGUUUACCAAAUGAUGAAGAAAAAUCCCCAGUGGAAAACUUGGGACAGGUCGUGUUUGGGGAGAGAAUCAGGCCUUCACCUUAUAAAGUUGAUUUUAUGAAGAAUGUCUCUUGUGAGGUUGUCUGUACAAAGGAGUAUGACAACUCCAAAAACCACUUACUGAGUGUUUUACGUAAGGGCAUCAGCCUAAACUACCAUCAUCAUUGGAUCAUGGAUAACAUGCCUGUUACAUAUUGUUAUCAGACAGAUGAAAGCAAACAAUAUUGCCAGACUGGCUUCCAAAUGGGUUGUUACACAAAGAAAAACAGGGCAAAUUGUAUAGAUCAGGUUAACACAGAGGAUGGGCAAGAAAAAUAUUACAUUUACAAUCAUGUUGAUUUGAGGGUAACAUAUCACUCAGGGGUGGAUGAAGAUUGGGGAUCCAGUUUCAGGGAAAAUGGUGGAAGGAUUAUAUCAGUAAAAGUUGUUCCCAGAUCCAUUGACCAUGAAGAUAAACCAUGCAGCAAUCCAAAUCCGAAACCGCUGAGCCUUCCGAUGAAGGACCUAAAAAAGAAAGAGAAAUUCUCGAUAACCUACACGUACUCAGUGACGUUCGUCCAGGAUAACACUGUGAAAUGGUCGUCACGUUGGGACUACAUCCUGGAAUCCAUGCCACACACCAACAUCCAGUGGUUCAGCAUUCUGAACUCUCUGGUGAUCGUGUUGUUCCUGAGCGGCAUGUUGGCGAUGAUCCUUCUCAGGACUUUGCACAAGGAUAUCGCUAGGUAUAACCAAAUAGACAACGGCGAGGACGCACAGGAGGAGUUUGGUUGGAAACUGGUUCAUGGGGAUGUGUUCCGGCCUCCUCGGAAGGGCAUGCUCCUCUCCGUAUUGCUUGGGUCCGGCGUCCAGGUCUUGUGCAUGACUGUCGUCACCUUGGCCUUCGCCUGUCUGGGUUUCCUGAGUCCUGCCAAUCGAGGUGCGUUGAUGACCUGCGCCAUUGUCCUGUACGUGUUGUUGGGCUCCCCAGCUGGAUACGUUUCGGCCAGGAUCUACAAGAGUUUCGGUGGUGAGAAGUGGAAGUCCAACCUCCUUCUUACUUCCAUGCUUAGCUCCGGGAUCGUGUUUGGGUUGUUCUUCAUAAUGAAUCUUGUUCUGUGGGGCAAGGGAAGUUCGGCAGCUGUGCCCUUCACCACCCUGUUGGGGCUGUUGGCGUUGUGGCUCUUGGUUUCGGUGCCGCUCACCUUCGUGGGUGCCUUCUUCGGCUUUAGGAAACGAGCUUUGGAGCACCCGGUGCGGACCAACCAAAUACCAAGACUCAUACCGGAACAGUCGAUCUACACGAAGCCGAUACCAGGAAUUGUGAUGGGCGGCGUCCUGCCCUUCGGCUGCAUCUUCAUCCAGCUCUUUUUCAUCCUGAACUCGAUCUGGUCCUACCAGAUGUACUACAUGUUUGGGUUCCUUUUCCUGGUUUUCAUUAUCCUUGUCAUCACAUGCGCAGAAACCACGGUGCUUUUGUGUUACUUCCACUUAUGUGCUGAGGAUUAUCACUGGUGGUGGCGGUCGUAUUUGACGUCGGGCUUCACGGCAGUUUACUUGUUCCUGUACUGUUGCCACUACUUCUACACCAAGCUCCAAAUCGAGGAUGCGGCCUCCGCCUUCCUCUACUUUGGUUACACCCUGAUCAUGGUGUUUUUGUUCAACCUCCUUACUGGCACGAUAGGCUUCUUUGCUUGCUUCUGGUUCAUCAGGAAGAUAUACAGUGUGGUCAAAGUCGACUAAACCUCGGUUGGGGUCGAGUUCUAUUUUUGUACAUAAACUGUGACUGAUUAUUUUUGACUUAUUUUCGCUAUUGCGAAUUUAAGCCACUACUAACAAUGAAAACACCCAACUAAAUUUUUGUAUAUAUACCAAAUAAUUAUUAAGUUAGUAAUUUAUAUUAUAAUUUCACCUAACUAAACAAAUUCGUCGAAAGUUGCCUAUUAUUGUCAGUAUUUGGAGUUGUGUACAUAACAAUCAGGUCAUGAUUUUUUUUUAUAUAAAGAUCCGAAAUUGUAUGUGUAAAUAAUCAAAAACAGAUUGGCACAGUUUCCUUUAUACAAUUUAUUUUAGUAUUACAAUUAUUAUAAUCUUUUUACCAGUGCAAUUAAAAAUUGUGUACUUUGAUUAUUUUAUAUUUAUUAUGUAAGAUUAAAAAAUCUAUAAAUAGGAAAUCCAUGUAUACAUAAAAAAUGUGUGUGAUUUCAUUUGUAAAAUAGAAUAAAUUCUAUUGUAAAUUAAUGAUUUAUUUUAUCUAAAUAUCAUACUGUAACUGUUAUUAUAUUCUAUUCCUUUGACAAUAAACAUUGCACAAUCAUAACGACUUGAUUAAAAUUACAAAUUGUACUUAAUCUUUUAUUUAAUAGAGUUGCAAAUUUUUA